AUUUUCAUAGACAAUUUGGGAAGGCGUUGUAGAAGAAAGUUCGGUCUCCGCUCUAUACUAAGCUAAUAUUCUUUUCAGUAACGAUAUAUUGUAUUGAUAUUACUCAACUAAAAGGAUUGAGCUUUCUCCUACCCGUACUUUAAGUGCAGUGUUAUAAAUUUUGUUGAAAAGGUACAAAAAGGCGUAAAACUGGUGUUCGAUAAAUCACUUGGCAAUAUGCCUGCCGUCAGGGGUGAUGGUAUGAGAGGGCUCGCUGUUUUUAUAUCAGAUAUACGGAAUUGUAAAAGUAAAGAAGCAGAGAUAAAAAGGAUAAACAAAGAGCUAGCUAAUAUAAGAAGUAAGUUCAAAGGUGAUAAAACACUCGAUGGAUACCAGAAGAAAAAGUAUGUAUGUAAACUUCUGUUUAUAUUUUUACUUGGUCAUGACAUAGAUUUUGGUCAUAUGGAAGCAGUUAACCUGCUCUCAUCUAAUAAAUAUUCUGAGAAGCAAAUAGGCUACUUAUUUAUAUCAGUGUUGGUCAACACCAACAGUGAUCUUAUAAAGUUGAUCAUUCAAAGUAUAAAAAACGACCUGCAAUCACGGAAUCCUAUCCAUGUUAAUCUGGCUCUCCAAUGUAUUGCUAACAUUGGAAGCAAGGAGAUGGCUGAAUCCUUUGCUACAGAGAUACCAAAAUUACUUGUUUCUGGUGAUACUAUGGAUGUUGUCAAACAAUCAGCUGCUCUAUGUCUUCUCAGAUUAUUUCGCAAAUGUCCAGAAAUUAUACCAGGUGGAGAAUGGACAUCAAGAAUUAUUCAUUUAUUAAAUGAUCCACACAUGGGUGUUGUUACUGCUGCAACAUCCUUAAUUGAUGCCCUAGUAAAGAAAAAUCCUGAUGAGUAUAAAGGAUGUGUGACACUAGCCGUGGCGAGAUUAAGUAGAAUUGUAACAGCUAGUUAUACAGACUUGCAAGAUUAUACUUAUUACUUUGUCCCUGCUCCUUGGCUCUCGGUUAAAUUACUGCGUCUUUUACAAAAUUAUACACCACCUUCAGAAGAGCCAGGAGUUAGGGGAAGAUUAUCUGAAUGCUUGGAGACUAUUUUUAACAAAGCUCAAGAACCACCAAAAUCAAAAAAGGUUCAACAUUCUAAUGCUAAAAAUGCUGUUCUCUUUGAAGCUAUCAGUCUUAUAAUCCAUAAUGAUAGUGAGCCUAAUUUACUGGUGCGUGCAUGUAAUCAACUUGGACAGUUUUUGAGCAAUAGAGAAACCAAUCUACGCUAUUUGGCUCUUGAAUCAAUGUGCCAUCUAGCCACCUCCGAGUUUUCUCAUGAAGCUGUCAAAAAGCACCAAGAAGUGGUAAUUUUAUCUAUGAAAAUGGAAAAGGAUGUUUCAGUGAGGCAGCAGGCUGUUGAUUUAUUGUAUGCCAUGUGUGAUAAAACUAAUGCCGAAGAGAUUGUUCAAGAAAUGUUGGCAUAUCUUGAAACAGCUGAUUAUUCUAUCCGUGAAGAAAUGGUUCUCAAAGUUGCUAUAUUAGCAGAAAAAUAUGCUACUGAUUUUACAUGGUAUGUUGAUGUCAUUCUGAAUCUUAUUAGAAUUGCUGGUGAUUAUGUAUCAGAAGAAGUAUGGUACAGGGUUAUUCAAAUUGUAAUUAAUCGGGAAGAAGUGCAAGGAUAUGCUGCAAAAACAGUAUUUGAAGGACUGCAGGCACCCACAUGUCAUGAAAAUAUGGUAAAAGUUGGAGGAUACAUUUUAGGUGAGUUUGGAAAUCUCAUUGCCGGUGAUACAAGAUCAUCUCCACAAGUUCAGUUUGAGCUACUCCACUCAAAAUAUCAUUUAUGUUCUGCUGCAACAAGAGGUCUACUCCUCACAACAUAUAUAAAACUUGUUAACCUAUUCCCUGAAAUUAAAACUAGGGUACAAGAAGUAUUUCGGGCUGACUCAAAUAUUUGCUCAGCUGAUGUAGAACUGCAACAAAGAGCUUCUGAAUAUCUACAUUUGAGUAAAAUUGCAUCUCCAGAUGUACUAGCUACAGUGCUAGAAGAAAUGCCAGCAUUUCCGGAAAGGGAAUCAUCUAUCUUGGCUGUUCUAAAGAAGAAAAAGCCUGGCCGUAUACCAGAUGAUAUUAGAGAUUCUAAAAGCCCUCAGCCUACAUCAACACCAGCUCCUGUUAUUAAUAACACUACUAAUACAAAUUCAAGUUCAAGUGCUGAUCUCCUUGGUUUGUCUACACCUCCUGGAAACAGCACAACUAUUGCAGGCAAUGGUUUACUCGAUGUUCUUGGAGAUUUAUACACUACAUCAAAAAUAAGCCCUACUACUGUUCAACAGAACAAUAUAAAGAAAUUUUUAUUCAAAAACAAUGGGGUAUUGUUUGAAAAUGAUUUAAUUCAAAUAGGUGUAAAAAGUGAGUUUCGACAAAAUCUUGGAAGAAUUGGUUUAUUUUAUGGAAACAAAACACAAUUUCCAAUUAAAAAUGUACACCCAGAACUAACUUGGACUGAAUUGCACAAGCUUAAUGUACAAAUGAAACCCAUGGAACCAAUCCUAGAAGCAGGUGCUCAAAUACAACAAAUGCUUACUGCUGAAUGCAUUGAAGACUUUGCAGAUGCACCUUCUAUGUCAGUGUCAUUUGUAUACAAUAAUGUCCCUCAAAAAAUCUCAAUGAAACUCCCUCUUACACUAAACAAGUUCUUUGAACCAACUGAAAUGAACGGAGAAUCUUUCUUUGCAAGAUGGAAAAAUCUAGGAGGUGAGCAACAAAGGGCACAGAAAAUUUUCAAAGCCCAAGGUGCAAUUGAUUUGGCAGGCACUCGUACAAAAUUGGCUGGUUUUGGCAUGCAACUCUUAGAUGGUAUUGAUCCUAAUCCUGAUAAUUUUGUGUGUGCUGGCAUUGUUCACACCAGAGUACAACAAGUAGGAUGUCUUUUAAGAUUAGAACCAAAUAAGCAAGCUCAAAUGUUUAGACUUACUGUAAGAUCCAGCAAGGAAUCAGUUUCUUUUGAAAUAUGCAAUUUAUUGGCUGAUCAGUUCUAAAACUAAUACCAGGUACUCAUGUAUCAUAUGGCAAUGUUAUCAGUUAUAAAAUUACCAUAUGAGAUUGCAAUAUGUUUCAUAUUGAGUAUUUUGUCACCAAUUGUUCAAUUUGAAUAUAUGAAUAUGAAUUAUGGAAAAUGUAAUGUAAUUGUGACAAAAUAGAUUUUAUGAUUUCUUUGUAAAUGGAAAAUUUUAAGUUAUUUUGCAUAAGUACAUAAAAUACAAAUAUAAAAUUAAGUUAUUUUAUUUAAUGUAGAUAAUGUAAAUUAUAAUUGUUUUUUUAUUGUGAAUAUUUGAUUUAUAAAUUCAAACAUUUCCACUAUAUAUAUUAUUGUAUGCAGUUAUAUAAAAGCAUUGGCUUUUGGCUUGGAAUCUGUAACAUAUAUUAUGUUUUUUUAGUUUUGGAUUAUAUUGAAAACUUAAAACUUUACAUAAACAAAAUUCAUCAGAAAAUUUGUAGAACAGUUUUCUGUGGUUAUGCCACAUUAAUGGAUAACAAAUUGAAACCUUUUAUUAUACCUCCUAUUACUAUUAUUGUAAUAUAAACAUAUUAUAUUGAUUAUAUAAAUAUAAAUAAUAUUGGUCUUAUAAAAAUAUAUUUAUAUACUAAUAAUAUUGUUAAAGCAAUGAAAAACAUGGGAUCUCCGAUUUUUAAUGUCUUCUAUUGAUAUGUAACUAUCACAGCUACUUAUUUUUUACUAUGAAUAUUAUAAUUCUUAGAAUAUUUUAGCAAUAAAAGUGUUGCAAGCAUGGUUCAAGUGGCUGUAUCAUAAUACUGAAAAUAACAUACAAAUUUAUUUAUGAGUGGGGAUAUAUAGUAGUUUUAUUGCAUAACCAAAGUUUACCUGUUAUAUAGCCGAUAUGAAUAAUUGUCUUCAAUAAAAACAAAAAAUAUAAAUGUUAAACAUUGAGGAUUUUUAGAGUGACAUAUUUGAGUUGAAUAGAAAUUUGUAACAUAUAUUUACACAGUCUUAGAGUUUAGAAAACAAUAUUAAUCAUGUUCUGAUAUUAAUAUAUUUGUAGUCUUAAUAUAAAAAUAGCUUGUUUUGGUAAGCUUUAAUGCUUAUAAUAUAAUAUCAUCAAUAAUUAUAAUAUGAUAGUGGGAUUGCCCUUAAUUUAUUUCAUAUAGCCAUACUCUAUUAUAUUGUUAUACUGUGGAUAUUUUUAAUUUUGUAGUCAAGAUAUAAUUCAUAUUUUACUUUCAGCUUAAAUAUAACUAUUCAAUGGGAAAUUAAAGUAAAAUACCAGCCAAUAAAUUGCUUUGAAACAUAAUUUCCUUUGAAUGUCUUUCUAAAAAAUCAAGUGUUGUAAUAUGCCCUUUCUAGAAUGUUCAUCAUCUUAUUUAUUACAUUAUACAUUAUUGAAAAAGCCAAUGUAUCAAAUAUAUCAAUGUUGAUAAUUUAUUAAGUUACAAUUUAUGUAUUCAGCUGUUGAGUGACUGACAUCAUGUAAGGAACUAUGGCAAACAAAAGUCAAAUGAAGAUCACCAUUCACAUUCAGUCACCUUGCUACACACUUUCUAUUUUGUCCCAUAGCUUUCUUUUGCCAUAAUUCGUUAUAUGUGGACCAGGUCUUAGACAAACUUGUAUUCAGGUUCAUUCUCUUACACUCUUAAUAAUUUCUGUUGAGACCUCAACAGUAUAAUAUAUAUUAUAUGAUACUGAGAUGAAGAAUCUCAAUUAUAUUGUUAAUAAUAUAACUAUAAUUAUAAAGUAAAAAGUUACUGAAUUUGCUUGUUAAAUGUUUAGUAGGUAAUUAUGUAAUCACACAUAAUAACUAGAGUGGUUUGCAAGAUAGUUGAUAAAGGAAAUAAAAUGGUAAAUUUUGAAAUAUUUGAUGUGAGUUAUUAAUUAUUGUUAUCUCUGAUUUAUAUGUAUAUUAUGAAUAUUUCUCAUUAGCUCUUCAUGUAGGUGUUUAAUAAAUGUAUUGUGUGUACAAUAUUGCAUGAAUUAAGCUAAAUUCAAAGAUGAAUGUAGAGUUGUAUUGUGCUUUGCAAAUCAUUAUAAUUAAUGUCUUAAUAAAAUAAAUAUGUAAUCAAUAUUUAUGAAA